AAAGAUUAGGUUGAGCAAAGGAACGUUUCAUAGUCAACAUUAAACAUGGUUGGUAUGGAUCGAUAACGACGCCAUGAUGUCUGGUGGAAACUCCACCUACCACAAACUUAAUCUUACAAAAGCUCCAAGGGCAUUGCAUGUGCCUACAAAUUAUUAUUUCCUUUGGGCGACCAUUUCUGGUUUACGGAGCACCCCAAAAAAUGCUACAGUAGUUUCGCUCCUGCACCAUUAGUGAUUCGCACAUGAGCCCCUGCGAUUCAGUCAAUGCCCCAAAUCUUUUACACCCUCAAACCCCGGGUCAACUGUAGAUUUGGGCGGGCAUGUAACUUCCAGCUUACGAAUGCGGUGAGGUGGUUGAAAGGACAAUUCGAAUCUUGAUGGGCGUGAGGACAAACGGGCAAAGCUGAUCCGGCAGAUCGAUAAAGAAGGAGAUGGAACAAGCAAGCGAGAAGAAAAGGAAAGGCAAUACAAUGGCCCGCCGGGAAGACGCCACGGAGGCCGAUGUAGAUUUGGGCGGGUGAAAGGUCAUAACGGUGCUGCUUAUUCUGAAGAUGAACGGGAGCUCUACUGAUGGGGGAAAUUCCUCUUCUGGAUCGGAGCUCGGCAGGCUGGGCCUCAGCUAUGGGAUCGUUAUAUCAGUGGGAACCAUGGCGGUUUUGACCAUCAUUUUGAUGGCCUCCUAUGUUUGCAUAAGGCUGAGAUUGAGCAGGGCCAGGACCCAUGGCGACCCAAUUGGAGUACCGGCUGAGAUGGAGCGGGGGGAAAUCGGGCAUGGGCUUGAUCAGGCAACCCUGGAUGGUUACCCCAAGAUGGUCUACUCUGAAAAGAGGGGUUCCAAGGCUGAGAAGGAUUGUUGCUCCAUAUGUCUUACGGAUUAUGUAGAUGAGGAUGUGGUGAGGAUUAUGCCUGAUUGUGCUCACAUCUUUCAUGUUGCCUGUGUUGAUGAGUGGCUCCGUAGGCACCCCACUUGCCCUGUUUGCAGAGUGGCUUCUCCCAUGACUACGCCUCUUUCGGAGUUCAUUCCUCUUGCCAGGAAUGACUCCCUGCGCCGGACAUAAGGGCUUCAGCUUUGUAUGGUGAUUGAUGUCUGUACAUGGAUGGAUGGAUACCUGGAAUUAUACCUACACUGUUUUGUACUCUUCUUUGUUUCUAUUAAUUUGAAUCAUGUUGAUUUGUUUCUGUUA